AUGCGGGCUGCGUUUCAUGGCGUCCAAGAUAUUUGCGAAGAUCGGGGUGGUCGGCAAAGAAAUGCAGAAAUCGUUGCUACAUGUGAUUACACAGAUUCACCAACACACGUUGAAUUAUUAUGCGCCCUGAGUCUGGGUCAAACUCCACAGACCGUAUGUAUUGUAAAGGCACAAUACUCAACCCGCUGCUGUGGCAUGAUAUGGAAGCACUUAACGAAUCUGGUUGUUCGUUUCGAGACUAGCAACCCUGGUAAUGUCAGAAAAUGUUACUGUCGCUCACUCAGUAUUGCGAUCCACCAACCCCUACGACGUAGAUCCUGGCGACAAUAA